AGGGCCCAGAUUCUCAACUUAUGGGCUCAUAUUAUGUACGUGCAGGCUUUUUGGACUGAUGGGCUGACGCCUCUCCAUUUUGCAUUACCCAAAGUAGAGCUUCUCUAUGCCCUCAAGUUGAAGAGCAUCGCUCUCCUCUCUGCACUGAUCAAUGGCUUCCAAAUCUUGCCAGAUUCUUCGGCAGUAUGGCUACGACUUGUUGUUGGGAUUUAUAGCUGCCUUUUAUGUCUUCGCUGUACCAUACACCAAGGUUGAAGAAAGCUUCAACAUUCAGGCAAUGCAUGAUAUUCUUUACCAUCAGUUUCACUUGGAGAAUUAUGAUCAUUUGGAGUUCCCUGGAGUUGUUCCUCGAACAUUCAUUGGAUCUUUUCUUGUGUCAAUUUUAGCAUCCCCUGUCGUAUUAGCCAUUAAAUUAUUGCAUUUGCCGAAGAUAUAUGGACUUAUUGCGGUUCGUCUGGCAUUGGGUGGCAUCAUUUUGUCUUCAUUACGGUUUUUCCGUAUUCAGAUCAGAGAUAAAUUUGGUCAUCAGGUAGAAGCUUUCUUUGUCAUAUUGACAGCAGUUCAGUUUCACUUGCUGUUUUAUUGCUCUCGUGCUCUUCCCAAUGUACUGGCUCUGGGCUUAGUUAACUUGGCAUAUGGAUAUUGGUUCCGAAGGAGUUUCUAUGCAGCAUUGAACUGUCUGAUUUUUGCUACACUUGUCUUUAGAUGUGAUAUGCUGUUACUUCUGUGCCCUAUUGCUCUAGAGCUUUUGUUGACGAAAUCUAUUUCAUUGUGGGAAGCAAUUAAAUACUGCACUGGAAUUGUACUGCUCUCCAUAGGUCUUACGAUAUUGGUUGAUUCAAUAAUGUGGAAGAGGUUAAUGUGGCCCGAAUUUGAAGUUUUGUGGUUCAACUCUGUUCUGAAUCGGAGUUCUGAAUGGGGUAUACAUUCUUUUCAUUGGUACUUCACUUCAGCUCUCCCGCGGUCAUUGCUUGCUGCAUAUCCUCUGCUUAUGCUUGGAGUCUUACUUGACAGGAGGGUUCUAUUCUUUGUUCUUCCAGUUUUCUCCUUCAUUUUACUUUACUCUAAGCUUCCACACAAGGAACUUAGAUUUAUCAUCAGUGCAGUUCCAAUGUUCAACUUAUCUGCUGCUGUUGCAGCAAAUAGAAUCUAUAACAAUAGGAAAAAGGCUUUAUGGAAAUUGCUCAAUCUCUUUAUGCUGGGAUUAAUCUUGAUCAGUCUAGGAUGCACCAUAAUAAUGUUCUUGGCGUCUUACGAAAAUUAUCCCAGUGGUCAUGCAUUAAAAGGUUUACAUCAGAUGGGCCAUCUUGCUAGUACUGAUAACUGGUGGGUUCACAUUGAUAGCUUUUCAGCCAUGAAUGGGAUAUCUCGAUUUUGUGAAAAUGAUUAUCCAUGGAGAUAUUCCAAAGAAGAAGGGAUUACACUGGAUGAAUUUCAUCACAGAAAUUUUACGUAUCUUAUCAGUGAGCACCUUUCUGUUGACGGAUUCAAGUGUUUAUUUUUUGUAUAUGGCUUCUCAAGGGCUCGCCUUCAAUUUGGUUUUCCACCCAUCAUCCUGGAUAAAGAGUCCAAGGUGUAUGUUCAUGGAAAUACAAGAAUCAAGGAUAUUAUGCAACUAGAUUGGCCAGGAUGCUCUUGAAUGUUUUGACAAGAGGUUUGAUGUUCGUGAAUCUGUAGUUGAAACUGAAGCAUACACGAACUUUUUAUUUGUAAGAGGAAGAGAACCUUUCAAAUGAAGGAGACCCAUGCUUAGCAAAAGCUGCAAACUUAACAAGAAUACUGACAGAUCUAGCUCGUUAAUGCAGUACUUGUCUGUGGAUGAGCCACGAGGCGCUUCAUCCAACUGCUGCAUUUGUCACCUUAAGAGUUUAUGUUGCUUGAAAUAGUUAAUAUGUGAUUUUUUUUUUUUUGUUGUACCAUGAUUUGGCAAGCAAACAGUAUUCGCUUGCUGACGCUUUCUUAGCAGGCUGAGAUAAACGUAUUUAUUAUUGUUGUAAUGGGUUUAUCAGUUUUCAAAAGAUGGUUGGAAAUCAAGCAGUCAUUCUUAAUUAUUAAGGAUGAUAUUUCUGAAAA